UCUACUCUUGUAGAGCAAAACCCCAAAAAGAUAUCGCCAUCAUCGUCAAUGGCGGAUAAUAAGGUAAAUCUGUCUAUUAAUGGACAAUCAAAAGUGCCUCCAGGUUUCAGAUUCCAUCCCACCGAAGAAGAACUUCUCCAUUACUAUCUCCGUAAGAAAGUUAACUCUCAGAAGAUCGAUCUUGAUGUCAUUCGUGAAAUUGAUCUCAACAAGCUCGAGCCUUGGGAUAUUCAAGAGGAAUGUAGAAUCGGUUCGACGCCACAAAACGACUGGUACUUCUUCAGCCACAAGGACAAGAAGUAUCCAACCGGGACCAGGACAAACCGGGCAACAGUCGCUGGAUUUUGGAAAGCUACCGGACGUGACAAGAUCAUCUGCAGUUGCAUCCGGAGGAUUGGAUUGAGGAAGACACUCGUAUUCUACAAAGGAAGAGCUCCUCACGGUCAGAAAUCCGAUUGGAUCAUGCAUGAAUAUCGCCUCGACGAUACUCCAAUGUCGAAUGGCUAUUCUGAUGUUGUAACCGAAGAUCCAAUGAACUACAACGAAGAAGGUUGGGUGGUAUGUCGAGUGUUCAGGAAGAAGAACUAUCAAAAGAUCGACGAUUGUCCUAAAAUCACUCUAUCUUCUUCAAUUGAUGACACGGAGGAAGAGAAGAGGCCCACCUGUCACAACACUCAAAACAGCACCGUUUUAGAUCAUGUUCUUCUCUACAUGGACCGUACCGGUUCUAACAUUUGCAUGCCCGAGAGGCAAACAACGACCAAAACUCAACAUCAAGACGAUGUCUUAUUCACGCAACUUCCAAGUCUUGAGACACCCAAAUCUGAGAGCCCGGUCGACAAUAGUUUCAUGACUUCAAACCAACUUGGUUCUUCUCCGGUUCAAGAGAAAAUUAUAACCGGCAGACCUGUUUGCAGUAAUUGGGCUAGUCUUGACCGGCUUGUGGCUUGGCAAUUGAACAAUGGUCGUCACACGUGUGAUCGUAAGAGUUUUGAUGAAGAAGAAGAAAUUGGUGAUACUAUGAUGCAGCGAUGGGAUCUUCAUUGGAAUAAUGAUGAUAAUGUCGAUCUCUGGAGUAGUUUCACAGAGUCUUCUUCGUCUCCUUCGUCUUUAGACCCUCUUCUUCAUUUAUCUGUAUGAUUAUCUAUCCAAAUAUACAUACACAU